AUGAGUGAGCAGCUAAAGUUCAUCGUCGACCAGCUCAACAGGGAACCGUUCAAGAAAAACCUAAACCUCAUCACAUUUGACUCUCUAGAACCAAUGCAACUGCUGCAGAUUUUGAACGAUGUUUUGGCUGAAAUAGACCCAAAGCAUGCUAUAGACAUCCGUGAAGAAAUGCCUGAACAGACAACCAAAAGGAUGUGUGCUCUUCUUGGAAUGCUCAAAUACAAGCCACCAGGAGAUCUCUCUGAUGUGAGCAGAUUCAGACAGGGUUUGGUUACUGGUGGUAAAUCUGUGGUCCACCCCAUCCUGUUUUGGCUUCUGCAAAAGGUCCCUGAGCUGAAGAAACGGUCCUAUUUGGCCCGAUUUCUAUUUAAAAUGGAGAUUCCCGCUGAAUUCUUGCAGGACGAUGUCAUCAAUGAUACCUACCACCAGUAUGAAGAAUUGGUGGAAGCAUUUAAGACCUAUCACAAGGAGUGUGAACAGCUGAGGACAUCUGGGUUUUCCACAGCAGAAAUAAGAAGGGAUAUAAGUGCAAUGGAAGAAGAAAAAGAUCAGCUGAUCAAGCGUGUGGACAGGCUGAAGAAAAGGGUGGAGUCUGUCUCCAACCAUCAGAAGAUGCUGGAUCAGGCAAGGCUGCUGCGAGUGGAGAAGGAGAGGGAGGAGGCACUGGCUCAUCAGAAACAAGAGCAGAAGAACCAGCUUUUCCAGGCCGAACAGAGACUCCACAGGUCCCAGCAGCAGUUGAAGGACAUGCGACAGGCUUCAGCAGAUGCCAGUCCAGAAAACCUAAUGAAACGACUUGAAGAGGAGGUCAAGAUAAACUCCUACAUGGUGUUUGAAAAGUUACCGAAAGAGCUCGACAGCAUGAGAAGAUCUGUGCAGUAUCUUCAGAAAGUGGCAUCGGAACCUGCCAUGGGCCAAUCAGACGUGCAAGAGAUGGAAGACAAGAUCAAAGAUGCUGAAUCACAAAUAAGUCAGCUUAUAGAGAAGAGGAUGAUGAGAAAUGAUCCAAUGGAUGACAAAUUGACACUAUACAGGCAACAGGCCUCCAUAAUUUUACGGAAGAAGGAGGCCAAAGCGGAAGAGCUCCAGGAAGCGAGGGAGGAGCUUUCUAAUUUGGAGAAGGAGCUCAAUCAGAGGGGCGGCCAAGGCGACGGAGAGGGCAUGGUCAAAAGAGAAGAGAUACAAAGGAUGGUGGCGAGGCUACGCAACAAGGCCACCCAAUACAAGAGGAGACAGAAGGAGAUGGCAGAGCUCCAGAGUGAGCAUGGGAUCCUGCAGCGGACAGAGGACAUUCUCACCCAGCAGCACGAGAACAUCCAGAAGAAACUGGAAAAGUUAGAAGCUGAACGAGGGAUUGCAGGCUACAGCAACACACAAGAAGAACUGGAGCGAGUGUCUGCCAUUAAAAGUGAACUGGAUGAGAAGAAAGGCGGGACACUGGACAACAUGUCUGAAAUGGUGAAGAAAUUUAACUCUCUGAUCGCUCAGAAGAAGGAAGCUUUGUCUCCACUGAUUAAGGAGCUGCGAUCACUGAGAGAAGAAUGCCACAAUGUGAGCCAGGAGUACGAGGAAAAGAAGGCCUUGUAUGAACGCACUGCUGCCGGACACGAGAGCAACCGUUCAAAGCUGGAGCAGGAUGUAAAAGUGCUGAAAGAGGAGACGGCACAAGAUGAAAACCAAUACCAUUAUCUCAACAGCCAGUCUCAGAUCGUCGAGAUGCAACUCCGGCGAGCGGCCGACGAGAUGAAGGCCUACGUGUCCUCAGACCCACAGGAGCGGAAGAAGACCGUCAGGGACAUGUACUUGAAAAACAUUGCAGAGCAGGAGUUACUUGGAAAGAAACUGCGUGAAAAGCAGAAGACGGUGCGGGAGAACCACGGCCACAACAUGGAGCAGAUGAAGAUGUGGAAGGACUUGGAUUUAUUGAUUGAGUGUAAAAAACAGUGCUUCGUAAAGGCUCAAAACCAGGCGUCUAUUGGCAAAGUCAUUCAAGAAGAAGGAGGAGGGGACCGGCUCGUGUUGUGA